AUGGAGAACAAUUAUCAGGUGCUAUCGUCCAAUUUCCAACUAUUUUUAGAAAAGUUUUCGGCCACGGCAGUCCGUGAUGGGGAUCGCGAAGCCUCUCUUGUUAGUCCUUCCACUUCUGCUGGUCUCGCGAUACCCCAGCCCUCACCUCCGGUCUCUCAACAGGAAAUGUCUGGUGUGCCGCGGAACGUUUCCGAUUUAGGCUACGUUCUGAAACCACCAAAGUUUGAUGGUAAAACUAACUGGGAGGAGUUUAAACUCCAGUUUGAAGCGAUUGCAGGGGCGAAUCGUUGGGAUGAGCCAAGAAAGGCCUUGGCCUUGGUUACAUCACUCGAGGGACCGGCGCGGAGUGUUUUGACUUCUCUUUCCGUUGAAAAACAGACUGAUUUUCCCGCGUUAAUUUCGGCCCUUGCGUUCCGUUAUGGAACGAAAAAUUUUGAGAACCUCAAUUAUGUUAAGUUUCAAAAUUAUAAACAACGGAAAGGGGAAUCUAUUUCCGAUUUAGCCACGGAGAUUGAGAGGCUAGCACAGGCCGCUUUUUGCGAAUGCCCUUUAGAAAUUAGAGACAAGCUUGCUGCCUCACAAUUUGUUUCCUCGCUGGCUAAUGAGGAAAUGAAACGGAUGCUUUGGCUCGGAGGUUUCACAUCUCUCAGGGCUGCUGUUAUCAGGGCUCUGGAGAUUGAAGCAGUCGAGUCAAUGGCUAAUGCGCCCGUUACAAAAAAAGAAACAUUUACUAAACCGGUUUAUUCUUCGGAGAGGGAUUCCGGAAGGAGAGAAAUGAGAAGACCGGUAAAACGGAAGCUUGAAAGACAGGAGAUGGAAUGCUGGAAUUGCAAGGAGAAGGGUCAUAUGUGGCGGAAUUGUCCGAAAAAAAGAAAAGAAGAAUUUUCAACGAAGAAGGGAAACGGGAAGCAGUCGGCGUAG